CACAUCUAUACAGGAACAAGGAACUAAAUAGUUUAAUGUUAGACGGUUAAAGAGCAAAAAUGUCUGAUGAUAUUUAUGAUGAUGCCUUCGGGACAGAGACUGAGAGAAUGGAGAUGAUAGUGGAUAUCUAUGAGAGUGUAGAUCAUGUGAGAGAUCAUGACUUCAGGACAAAGAUACACCAACCACUUCAGCGUACAGGAAGUGAUUCAGAGAGGAUCAGAAGAUACAGAGCGGUUGUAGUGUGUUUUGUUCUGCUGUGUGUUCUUCUGCUGACUGCAGUCAUAGUGCUGUGUGUCUACAUCCAUACAAACAACACAGAAAAGACAAACCAGCUACUAACCAAGAUGAACAACUUUACAGAAGAAAGAGUCCAGCUACUAAACAUGAUUACUAGCCUGGCAGAAGAGAGAGAGCAGCUACUAAACAAGAACAUGAACCUGACAAAUGAAAAAUAUGGAUUACUAACCAAGAACAACAACCUGGCUAAAGAAAGAGACCAGUCCAAUCUGGAGAAAAGUGAAAUGUUUAAAAGUCUUUGUGAAAUGGAUGGACAGAUCUAUCAGUCCAGUUUUUACUUUGUUUCCUCGGAGAGCAAGAGCUGGACUGAGAGCAGAAGAUUCUGUACAGAGAGAGGAGCAGAUCUGACCAUCAUAAACAAUAGAGAGGAACAAGAGUUCAUUAAAAAGAUUUCUGGUGGUGCUGGAGUUUGGAUUGGUGUGACUGACAGUGAUGUGGAGGGCAGAUGGAAAUGGGUUGAUGACACACUGACCUCUGGUUUCAGCUUUUGGGGGAUCGGAGAGCCAAAUGGGGGAAGACGAGAGAACUGUGUUGCCUCUUAUCCAACAGGGUGGUAUGAUUAUCCAUGUAGCGAUGCUUUUAAAUGGAUCUGUGAGAAAAUUUUUAAAAAAUGAGUAAAUACCCUCACCAGUUGUAAAUAAUGGCAUUUAAAAGAUGAUGUCUUAUUACAAUUAAUAAAACAAUGAUGAGUCCAAAUGAGGAGUUCACGCUGUCUAAACAACAGCAGCUUCA